UCAUCUGUUGUAUAAGCAGAGAUUUGGAGGUUAAUUUUGUAAUUUUGGAAUACAUAACUUAUUCCGUUCGAUUCAAUUCAAUUUCCUUCCCCCAAUUUUUAUCUAAUGUAAUAAAAGAAUGAAAAAUUUUGUUCUAAAAUGUUUGGGAUCUUUGGGUUAUGUGUUACGAUACGGAUGUAUCGCACAUUGUACAUUUGAAUAUGUCGGUGACUUUGUUCUGUGUUCUGGCCCGUCUAUGGAACCUACAAUUUUUUCAGACGAUAUUCUUUUUACGGAACAUAUAUCGGCAUUAACUUAUGGCAUUAAGAAAGGUGAUAUUGUUAUUGCAAAAUGUCCUACAAAUCCAAAGCAGCAGAUUUGCAAGCGAGUAGUUGGAUUAUCUGGAGAAAAAAUGAAAACUGGUUUUAGCAGUUAUGAAAGAAUUCCAAUUGGUCACGUAUGGUUACAAGGUGAUAAUUAUACUAAUUCAACAGAUAGUAGAAGUUAUGGACCUGUGCCAAUUGGUCUAAUUAAGGGUCGUGCUAUAUGCAAAGUGUGGCCACCAACACGAAUUACGAUGUUAUCUAGCUAAUAGUUAAUUUAAUAGAUUUCUGUUUGUUUUGUAACUA